UCGCAAGACAGAUCUGCCUCCCGUGCCUUGCGAUGUCACGUCUGCCGAUGCGGUCCUAACCUACACCACCAAUUAUUUCUAUCCGAACCAGCCACACCGUCUCUUCCUCGGGAAUCCGACAACGACCUCGAGGCAUCCGACGUCCAAGAUGGCGUAUAGUAGCGGAAGCGGCGCGCCCUCGCCGCGAUCUUUCGCCAUCCAGCACCAGCGACCGAAGGACAGCUUCUUAGGAUGCUCCCGAAUCAGCGACUACGAGCUGCUGGGCAAGCUUGGCGAGGGCACCUUUGGCGAGGUACACAAAGCAAAAUCGCGGAAGACCGGAAGCUGGGUUGCGCUGAAGAAGAUCAUCAUGCACAACGAGAAAGACGGGUUCCCCAUCACAGCACUUCGCGAGAUCAAGCUUCUCAAGUUGCUGUCACAUAGGAAUGUUUUGCGGCUCGAGGAUAUGGCGGUUGAGCAUCAUAGCAAAUUGACCGACAAGAGGAAGCGGCCGAUCAUGUAUAUGGUGACACCCUACAUGGAUCACGACUUGUCCGGUCUACUCGACAAUCCCUCCGUCCAAUUCACGGUGCCGCAGAUCAAAUGCUAUCUCCUACAACUACUCGAAGGUCUACGAUAUCUACACGACAGCAGAAUCCUCCACCGAGACAUGAAAGCAGCCAACCUCCUCAUUAACAAUAAGGGAAUACUCCAGAUUGCCGACUUUGGACUGGCGAGACAUUACGACGGUCCCGUCCCCAAGCCGGGAGAAGGGGGCGGCGAGGGGCGGCGGGAGUAUACAAGCCUCGUCGUCACCCGAUGGUACCGGCCUCCCGAGCUUCUGCUACACCUGAAGAAGUAUACCACUGCUAUUGACAUGUGGGGUGUCGGUUGCGUCUUCGGCGAGAUGUUGGUGGGCAAGCCAAUCCUGGCUGGCGAGAGCGACGGACACCAGCUUGAUGUUAUCUUCGAUCUGGUCGGAUCACCAACGGACCAAAACAUGCCAGGAUGGAAGCAGUUGCCUGGCGCGGAAGUCAUCACUCCUCGGUCUAGGCCUGGAACGCUAUCGCAACGAUUCCGUGAGCAUGGCCAAGUAGCCAUCUCUCUACUGAAGGAGCUCUUGACCCUCAACUGGCGAACCCGAAUCAACGCGAUCGACGCUCUCCAACACCCCUACUUCAAGACUCCGCCUCUCCCUGCUAGGCCCGAGGACCUUCCCACUUUUGAAGACAGUCACGAGCUGGACCGUAGGAAAUUCCACGAUCGAAAGGCUGCCCUCCCACCUGCACCUAAGGGAGGCACCGUUGGUGUCGGCGCCUUCGAAGGUCCCAAUGCAAGUUUUGGUAGCGGCGACGGCUACGGCAAUAGGAUGAGCGGCAGAUACCCGAAACAUCAUGGCGGGGGAUAUCGGCCUGGCGAGGAUAGUCGUCGACCGGCCUGGGCCCGCGAACAGCCUCACGUCGACCACAGACUACCGCCACGCCCGCCUCCCCCCGAAUAUCCCGGGAGCGGAUGGGACAACCCGGCGGAGCACCACGAAUCCUUUAGGGAUCGAGCGUCAAGGAUCCGCGGGGGUAACCGGCCCGACGUCGACACCUACAUCCCCGACUAUCGUAACAACGCGCGGGAUGACCGGCCACCUAGGGAGGAUCGGCCACCGAGGGAGGAUCGGCGGCGAUGGGAGGACAGAGAUGACCGACGACACGAUUGGGAUCGCCGCGAACGAGACCGCGACGAUCGUAGCCGGGCCAGCCAGACGCGCAGCCGCAGCCGGUCCCCCGUUAGAGACAGGGACCGAGAUGUGUAUCGGCGAUAGAAUCGCAGUCCACAUCAACACGGAGGACACUGGAGCAAACAAGGCUACACGGGGCAAUAGGCGCGACAGAGUAUAGCUCGGGGGACCAACGACGCCUCAGCCACUUUGAGCCAAGCCUCUCUCGUUAGCCUCUUCCCCCUUUUUCUCACCAGGUUAUUUAACGAACACCCUCAACCCCCCCCCUUUUCAACUGCAGUAUUUCGCAGGCAUUUCUGUGCACGGAAGGGAGCUACUUUACGGACAAUGGCACGGACGGGGAUGGCUGGGACCCACGGCGCAAGAGGCUGCCCAGGUAGCCAAGUUAGAUAGCUGGCUACAGCUCGUUUCUCUCACAUUUCUCUCUCGGCGUUACGAGUUGGGAGGCCAGGUGUUUAGGAGGGUGUGUGUAUGUGUGUAUUUCGCCAUUUCCCACCCCCCCCGGUUCUCUCCUCUUCCCUAGGGCUCUAGGACUCUCGAUCCUGGUAGUGU